UCAAUUCUGCAAGUGGUUCUAAUUUACUAUCGCUGUUCUCUAGCUGGUCUAAAACCGCUUUUGACCUAAAGGGACGCUUUUUGUAUGCCAUGGAUGGUUCUCAGAUUCUAGGCAGAAAGAACAGUAAAAAUGCAGGCAGGGCACAGGACAAAGCACUAGGGACAAAAUGUAUGUGAAAUGGUGUGAUACAGACAAAGCACUAGGGACAAAAUUGAAUAUUUUUGUCAUUUUCAAAUUUCCCGCCGUUCCGUCUCCCGUACGUCCCAACGCUCGCAGGGGACGGAACCCAGAAGACAGAUGCCGUCAUCCACCGGAUUACAUUGCCGAGGACACUGCAGGAGGGACA